GAGCGACUUCGUCUGCCCGAGAGUGACCAGGCCACUGUUCGAAAGGCCUCUGGUGCCGGCCAGACGAGCAGUUUUACUGCAGGAGCCGGUGUCUCGGGAUGUACCGGAGAGACUGUGGUACCGACGGCCGGUGGUGACCUCGGUCCGCCUGGGUCGCCGGGCAGUGGAACUUCUGGCGCCAUGGUUGACGGAGCUGCGGGUGGUGGAGCUGAGUUGCGUCAGCGGCUGACUGAAGUGGAACAGCUCUGCCAAGAGGUGAUGGAGGAGAAUGAGCUGCUUAAAGAAGAGGUGGAGGAGAUGCAGCGAGAAAUAGAGGAGAUGCACGAUCACUUUCAGGUGAGGCAGUUGUUUCUAAGUGCAUUUUUCUUCAUCUUGACUAAACUCUAUCAUUUGUUAGUGCUCUUUUGA